AUGUCAAAGAGCGGAGCACUCCUCGAAGAGCUGGUUGUAUCAUGCCGUAUCCUCGUCGCCCAUGACAUCCUACAGGAUAGCGGGAGCAUUUCGGUGCGCAAUCCUCGCAAUACAUCGUCGUUUAUUGUCAACGAUCUUCCGGCAGCCCUAACAACUAGCGUCGAGCAUCUUCGAGAAAGAAGUAUUGCUGACGGUAGCCUGAUUCCGCAAGUGGCUCAGAAUACAGACGACACGAGGCCAGAGGUCGCAUUUACGGAGCCACUGGUGCACAGUAGUAUCUAUGCCCGGUAUGCGGAUGUACAGUGUGUCAUCCAUUCGCAAAGCUCCAACUCUAUUAUCUACGGUCUCUGCAACGCUGUGGGCAGCAUGUUGCUACCAGCACAUAACAAAGCGGGCUUCCUGGCCAAGCAUUGCCCGAUAUUCAACCCCGCCGAUUUUUAUAAUGCCCUCCCAGAUUCAUCUCCUCGAGAUCUGCGUAUAUCUCAUUCGACACUGGGCGAAGCCAUGGCAGAGCGAUUAUUGAGUCACGAUAAUUACAUUAGCAAUGGACCGCGUCAUCUACCGGAUUACGGCUGUAUCCUCCUCCGAGGAAACGGAAUGGCAGUAUGGGGACGAUCUCUAUACGAGACGGUGCACAAGGCGAUUCAUUUCGAGCGGAAUGCCUUCAUCCAAACCGCAGCCAUGUUACAGCGUACACACUCCGAUCUCGAGGUGACAUACCUGACGGAUCGCGAAGCUGAGGACAGUGAGGAAAAGGCAUUGCAGGAGAGUGAGAUCUUAUGGAGGGCAUGGGCAGCUAAGGUUGGUGCCUAUGAUGGCGCCGCAUGA